GCGAAAACUGAUGGAGUACUGUCUGUCAGGAUGCCCUGGGUAUGGAAAGUGGUGCUAUUUCUGACGCACAACUCAGUGCCUCUACCGAGCUGGUUCCAGAAAAAGGAGCGAAGUACCGCAGGCUACAAUCUAAGUGGAAUGGAGUAUCAGGGGGAGGCUGGAUAGCUAAUGUAUCUGACACCAGCCAAUGGCUACAGAUCGAUUUAUUGGAUCAGCACACUCAUGUUAUAACAAAGAUAGCUACACAGGGAAGGAAUUAUUACGACAACCGUAGAGUAACCAAAUAUCAACUUCAGUACAGUGACGUUGGAGUCACCUUUUUCUAUUACAGAGAAAAAGGCCAAGCUACUGACAAGGUUUUUCCUGGCAAUACAGACAGGGAUACUGUUGUGUCGCAUGACCUGAUUCCACAAAUCAGAGCACGCUAUAUCCGUUUUCGACCAAUCGAGUGGUCUGGCCUCAUAGGUAUGAGGGUGGAGAUCUACGGCUGUCAUGAUCGCUGAACGAGAUAUGGAUUACCAAAAGGGCACGUGUACCAAGAUUGUUCGUGGUUUUACGUGGCUUCUUUAAGGGUUGGAAAAGUUCAGUUCCACUGCUGAAAAACACACUGAGACUUCAAGNAGUCCCUCCAUUUCGGCAAAAUCCUAGGCGCGCGUUCAAAAAAAUUAGCUUAAGAAAAAACGAUAGUGGCUAGAGUGCCGCGCUGAAUCCUGGUUGUGCUUCUAGUGCCCCUCACUUGUUCUUACCACAUUUCGACGUCGUUUGUGAUCUAUUGAACAGACCCACAUUAAAGUGGAAUCUCGGUGUUAAAUAGAACUGCAGUCUGUUGUAGUGAUUCUUUGUCUAACAAACCAAGUUUGCUUGGGACUUCUCGAAGUUUUUGUGAACCCAACCGCUCAUCUUAGAGCUAUUGAACAGGAAAAUGACGCAGAGUUUCACGUUUUUCGUAAUGCACUGGAAAGCCGUCAUGGUUCAUUCAAGGAAAUAGUAAAAUUUAAGUUUAUUCGCGAGAUUAGAUAAGAUUCCCCUUAAAUGGCGCGUCACCUUUACUUUUUUCAAUCCCUGGAUCUGAAAACCGACUAGCUUAACACUGAAGACCAAACCUUCUGUUAUUGUUUGUAAGAGAAUUUGUGUCGUAUCAAGUCAAUAUCCC